UGCACGUUAUACGCAGCAAAAAAUGAACUCUCUGCUUCAAGACCUAUCCCGCUUGUCCGGAAUAAUCCUAGCCAUCCUCGUCUUUUCAAUCUUUGUAGUAUUCAAAUCGACAUCAUCAGGCAAGCUCACAACACCGACAGAAGCCGCAGGGUCACGGCCCGUCAUAGGUCACUUGCCCAUUCUAGCGAGAUCCAAGCUUCCCCACAAGACCUUAGCAUCGAUGGCUGACCAGUACGGACCCAUCUUCACCAUCCAGCUCGGGAUGUUCCUGGCCCUAGUGGUGAGCGGUUCCGAGAUGGCCAAGGAGUGCUUCGCCAAGAACGACGUCACGUUGUCCACUCGGCCGCGGCAAUUGGCCCCGAAGAUCCUGGCCUACUCCUACGCCAUGUUCGUGUUCAUGCCUUACGGCCAGUACUGGCGCGAGGUGAGGAAGAUGGCCACCUUGGAGCUGCUCUCGAGCCGGAGGGUCAACUCCUUGCUCAACCCUAUUCAGGCCUCAGAAGCGGACGUGGCCAUUCGGGAGCUGCACGAGCUUUGGAUUGAGAACAAGGAUGAUUCAGGCCAUGUCACAGUCGACUUGAAGCAGUGGUUUGCGAAGUUGACCCUGAACGUGAUCCUCAGAAUCGUGGCCCGAAAGCGCUACUCUGCGGCGGACGAGGAAGAGGAGCAGCGGUGCCAAAAGGCGUUACGGGAACUCUUCCACUUCUUGGGGAUGUUCUUAGCGGCAGACGCUCUUCCUUUCCUGAAGUGGCUCGACUUGGGCGGACAUGAGAAGGCCAUGAAGAGGACUGCAGAAGAACUGGACGACAUCAUCGGUGGUUGGUUGGUGGAACACAAGAAGAACAAUAAGGAUUUGAGUGAGACCGAUGGAAACAGAGAUUUCAUGGACAUCAUGCUUUCGAUCCUUAACCAUGACAAAAUCGGAGGUUAUGAUGCUGAUACGAUUAUAAAAGCUACAUGCUUGACGAUGAUUGCAGGCAGCAGUGAUACCGCCAUGGUUACCCUGACAUGGGCAAUCUCGUUGUUGCUCAACAACCUUCACAUCCUGCAAAAAGCUCAAAAAGAGAUCGACGCUCAGAUCGGCAAGCAGAGGCAUGUGAAAGCAGCGGACAUCGCCGGCCUGACCUAUCUCCAAGCCAUAGUGAAGGAGACCCUCCGAUUAGCGGCCCCAAUCUCGGCGCCGCGCCUGUUCACCGAGGAUUGCAUUGUCGGCGAGUACCACGUGCCCAAGGGCACGAGGUUGAUCUUGAACAUCUGGAAAAUCCAAAUCGACCCCAGGACAUGGCCCGAUCCGUUGGAGUUUAGGCCCGAGAGGUUCUUGGGCAGCCAUAAGGACGUCGAUGUGAGGGACUCCAACUUUGCGCUCCUACCAUUUGGAGGCGGUAGGCGAAUCUGUCCUGGAAUAACUUUCGGACUCGAGAUGGUGCAUUUUCUUCUAGCUAGGUUCCUACAUGCAUUCGAGAUAUCAACCGUGGACGAUUCGCCGGUGGAUAUGUCCGAGAUCUUCGGACUGACAAAUUUGAAGGCGACCCCACUUGAGGUUUUGCUCAGGCCGAGAUUAACUCAGGAGCUCUAUCAAUUGAGGUAAUGGAGAGAUUACAUAUGAAAGGAAAGCUCUUUGAAAUGUACAACUAAGUGAAUUAAUGUGUAUGCACUGUCUCCAUGCGUGGCUCUUAAAAGACAUAAUCACAUAUCUAGACUCUUCAGAUUGA